AAAAUGGCUACCCAAAGAUAUGAAGUUUACACGGUCUACAUACCGCGGCCACCGAUCGAUACCAAUGGAGGAUUUGGAUUUUUCGGGGUCUCUCGUGCACUCCGUAAAAUUUGUGAAUUAAGUGUCCAGCUGAGUGUUAAAGUCGUUAAAAGUGCAGUUUUGAACGAGUUACAUCACAGCGAGGCUGCAGAACUUCAAAUUGGAUCACAAAAUGUGUUUCAAAUCACGCAGGUGGUGAGAGGUAUCACAAGGCAAGCGUGAUACUGGCCAGAGGCCCCGAAGACAUAAACCAAUGGUCCAUAAGUUGAAACUUUUGGAGGAAGAAGGCGACAACCAAGUCGACAUUAUGAACUCCGCAGUGAGCACCGAGUCCAUGGACAUGGCCGAGGAGUGGUGUUCGCAGGACAUGUCGCAGGUGGACGGGUGCGGGCUGAGCGGCGCGUCCGACGACGAGGACGAGUGCGUGUCCUCGCCCACCGGCUCCACCUACGACGACGGCGCCGACAUCAUCAAGAACGCCAUGAGCGACGAGGUCACCAAGCAGUUAGCCGCUGCGGGGCCCGUAGGCAUGGCGGCCGCCGCAGCCAUAGCGUCAUCAAAGAAACGCAAAAGGCCACACUCCUUCGAGACAAAUCCAUCAGUCAGGAAACGGCACCAGAACAGACUGCUCAGGAAAUUGAGGCAAACGAUCGAGGAGUUCGCGACUCGCGUGGGCCAGCAGGCGGUGGUGCUGGUGGCGACGCCGGGCAAACCCAACACCUCGUACCGCGUGUUCGGCGCCAAGCCGCUCGAGGACGUGGUCAGGAACCUGCGCUGCAUGAUCAUGGAGGAGCUCGAGAAUGCGCUCGCGCAGCAGUUCGGGCUGGGCGCGUGCCCGCAGGCGCCGCCGCCGCCGCAGGACGACCCCUCGCUGUUCGAGCUGCCGCCCCUCAUCAUCGACGGCAUCCCCACUCCCGUGGAGAAGAUGACGCAGGCUCAGCUGCGCGCCUUCAUCCCGCUCAUGCUCAAGUACUCCAUGGUGAGGGGCAAGCCGGGCUGGGGCCGCGAGUCCACGCGCCCUCCGUGGUGGCCCAAGGACCUGCCCUGGGCCAACGUGCGCAUGGACGCGCGCACCGAGGAUGAGAAACAGAAGAUGUCAUGGACACACGCGCUGCGACAGAUCGUGGUGAACUGCUACAAGUAUCAUGGCAGGGAGGAUCUGCUGCCGGCGUUCACGGAGGAGGACGAGAAGGGACCCCCCACACAGCCUAUGUCUCAGUACGCGCCGGCGGUGCUGCAAACCAUCACGAACCCGGACGGGUCGGUGUCGCUGAUCCAGGUGGACCCCAACAACCCGAUCAUCACGCUUCCGGACGGCACUACGGCGCAAGUGAUCCACAGUGGCGAGGGCGGCGCGGCGGCGCUGGCGGGGCUGGACGGCGAGAGCGCCGUGGCCGUGGACCUGAACGCCGUCGCUGAGGCCACGCUCAACCACGACGGACAGAUCAUCCUCACCGGAGAGGACGGGCACGGCUACCCCGUAUCCGUUUCCGGCGUCAUAACGGUCCCAGUGUCAGCGUCCAUGUACCAGUCGAUGGUGGCCUCCAUGCAGACGCAGGACGGCGUGUGCGUCGCGCCCCUCGUGCAGGUGGAACAGAACGGCGAGGGCCUGGAAGCGAUCUCGAUGGGCGGUGGAGUGGCGGGAGUGAUGCUGCAGGGCGGCGGCGAGACGCAGGUGUUGCAGGUGCUCAGCCUCAAGGACGCCACCGUACUCACCAAGGCGAUGCAAGUGAAGUCGGAGCGCGACGCGGUGGUGGCGGACUCCUAGCUGCUGACCCUGGUGGCCACGUCGCCGCCGCCCGACCACGAGCCCGACGCCGGCGACAUGAUGGCCGCCGACACAUAGCGCCCCCGCACCCGCGCGCCUCUCGCACCGGACCACGCUCUAGCGGCGGCCGACGACCCAGGGCUCCCGAUAUGUGUCAUCGUCGACACUAAAUCUGUAUAGGUCGAUUGUAUUGAUAUAUUGUACAGAAAAUUUCAGUAACUUUGCCGCUAAUAUGUAAUACAAUUUAAUUUGAUAAAUUCCUGCAUUGUAUAAAAUAACCAAUUUAAAGUGAUAUAAUGAAUGAUCAGUAUUGUAUUUUGUUUGAAUUUUCAUUGUAUUGUAAGGACAAUUUUUGUGUAAUUUACGAGUAAAUUAUAAACUGUAAUGGCAGCCCUGGGACAGCACUCGGGUGGUCAUUUGCGAUGGGCACGAACACUAUAGCAAAAUAAUAGUUCCAAAUUAGAGUAAAGUUAUAUAUAAGUACACGCGGACCGCGCGCGUGUUUGUAACUCUCGCGCCGUUAGAUAAAUAUUUUUAAAUUAACUUCUUAACAAGACUUAUGUUAGCAAAUCGUUCAUUCGAUAACAGAUUUGUGCAAUAUUUUACAAAUGCCAAUCGCUUUUAUUUAUUUAUUUAUGAGCAAUGUUGAUUUUUGUUUACCUGAAGUGUUGUAGAUUAAUUAGGUCACGUGAUUAGCCACGGAGCAUAGUGCAUCAAAAUUUGUAAAACUGUAAAUAAAACUAAAUGGUGAAUGAUGUGCUAGGUGAAUUUGUGUAUUUGCAAAAAUAUUCGUUAAUAAUUCUAGCUUUAAUGAACAUAUUGGCGUAUUGUAGUUGUAUAGUAAAAACUAUAUCGACAUUAUUAAAUCAAAUAAAUAUGAAAGUAUAUUAUUAAAUUUCGGGUGAACAAAAACUAACACUAAGAUUCCUUGCCAUCGUACGCGCAAGGAAUGACACGUAAUAUAAGAAUACAUUCCUCGUAAUUUUAUAAGUAGUGUUUGUUGAGUACAUUGUUGUUUAUGUUUAAUUUAUUUCUUGAUAAUGUUUGUUACCGCCACCUAUAUUCUAGUCUACUCGAGUCAAAGAACGAAUCUAGUCUCACCAAUAAAUAUAUAAGUGAAAUUAUAUGCGAUAUGAUUUUAUCUAAACUUUUAUAUGUAAGUCACGUAUAUUGAGAUAGAAUAAAUUUAUAUAAUUAACAUAGUGUAUUGUAAAUUGGUGAUUAAAUUUUACAAUUAUUACGCAGGGUCGUGUUCCGUGAAAUUUGGAUGUUAAUGGUUAGACGGCAUAACAUAUACAGCGAUGUGUGUUCCGAGCGAGUUCGGAAUGUUUCCUACGUUUUGUAAAUAAACCUAUGGUAGGUUUUGAAUCGCGUAAAACGUUAAGAUUAAUAUUUAUAGUCGGGUAUAGACAUAGGUAGGAGUUAUAGUACAAAUGGAGGUGUCGUGAGUGAAGGCAUUUCGUUUCGGUAAAAGACUAUAAACGCGUAGUAUGUUUAUUGUUUGGUUUCUGUCCAUAUUUUAUUUUUGUUUAUUAAUUUAUUUGAGUUGUAGUCUUGAGUUUGUAUAUCGCGUAGCAUGAAUAAAGCACAAUUUUGUUGUUAAGUACAAUAAUUUGUGAUGUAAAUAUUGGUAUGGAUGUGUGAACAUGGCCAUCAUUAAACUAUUUACGUAUAU